AUGCAGGCCCACUAUGCACCGUCCCGUCCAGCGUCCCCUCCCGCGUCGUCCUACUUCGGGCAGAUACCGUCGCGCGAGGGCACACCGCAGCCACCACCAGGCGUAGAAGAGCACUUUGCAUACAGCACACAGCUGCGGCGGCACACGCACGACUUUUCGACCCGCCACGGACACGGGCACUCGCAGGGAUCGCUCGGGGAUGCGACGGAGGGGGCGGAGGCGCUGUGGCACAAGGCGGUGCACACGAUUACGGGGGCGGGCGGGGUGCACGAGGAGGACGUGGAGAUGCGGUAUGCGCCGGUGCGGAGUCGGAGUCGGAGCCCGACGAGGGGGGCAGACGGGGACAAGGAGAGGCGGGACACGGCGUCUGCUCGAUAUGCGCACUGCAGCGUCGAGGACACCCUCGCACACUUCCAAACAUCUCUAACCAACGGCCUCUCGUCAUCGUCAGUCCGUGCGCUGCAGGACGUCCAUGGCUACAACGAGUUCAGCGUAUCCGCCCCUGAACCUGUUCUCCUCAAGUUUGCAAAAACGAUAUACGAAAGCCCGCUGAUUCUGCUCUUAUGCGGUAGUGCGGCUCUCAGCGCUGUCAUGGGCAACGUCGAUGACGCUGUCAGCAUUACUGUUGCAGUCUUGAUUGUUCUUACUGUCGGCUUCAUCCAAGAACAGCGCUCCGAAAAGUCCCUCGAGGCGCUCAACAAGCUCGUCCCGCACCACUGCCACGUCAUCCGCGACGGCCGCUCGCUGCACGUGCUCGCGAACGAGCUCGUCCCCGGCGACGUCGUCACGCUCACGACGGGCGACCGUGUGCCCGCCGACGUGCGUCUCGCGUCCGCGGUCGACCUCGAGAUCGACGAGAGCAGUCUCACGGGCGAGACGCGCGCGCGGCGCAAGGACCCUGCGACGUGCGAAUUCGAUUAUGAUGAUGGAUCGCGGUCGCCUGGCAAUGCCGGUGGGGGCGGGGGCAGCGGGCAGCAGCCUGUUGCGCUUGCUGAAAGGAGCUGUGUGGCGUAUAUGGGUACACUUGUGAGGAAUGGACGAGGCGUUGGGGUUGUUAUUGCGACGGGCACGCAAACCGAGUUCGGGGUCAUCUUCACGAUGAUGCAGGACGUCGAGGAAAAGCGCACACCACUGCAGCUGAGCAUGGACGAGCUCGCGAAGAAGCUCUCGAUCCUCUCGUUCGGAAUCAUCGGCCUCAUCUGCGUCGUUGGCGUGUGGCAGCAGCGUCCGUGGCUCGACAUGUUCACCAUCGGCGUCUCGCUCGCCGUUGCGGCGAUCCCGGAGGGUCUGCCGAUUGUGACGACGGUGACGCUCGCGCUCGGCGUGCUGCGGAUGUCGAAGCGCAAGGCGAUCGUGAAGAAGCUGCAUUCGGUCGAGGCGCUGGGGUCGGUGUCGGUUAUUUGCUCGGAUAAGACGGGCACGCUGACGAAGAACGAGCAGACGGUCACGGAGAUCUACGUCGUGGACGACACGGUGCACCUGGACACGGCGAACACGCCAGUGCCGUCGGAGAAGCAGCUCACGCCCGCGGUGCGCAAGGCGCUCGAGGUCGGCGCGCUGUGCAACAACGCGUCGGCGGUCAAGAACGAACAUGGCGCUUUCGUGGGUCAGAGCACGGACGUCGCGCUCGUCAACGUCCUCUCGCACUUUAACAUGCCCGAUCCGCGCCAGACGUUCACCCGCCUCUCGGAGCGCCCGUUCAACUCGGAGCAGAAAUACAUGGCCGUCUCGGGCAUCCACUCGUACUCCGCGGCGCUGUACAGCGGCGCGCCGCGCGAGAUGUAUUACUUGAAGGGCGCGCUCGACGCCGUUCUCGCGCGGUGCACGGCGUACUACGUCGCGGACGGGGCCACGCCCGCGCUCGACAGCGCGACCGCCGCGCGCAUCGUGGGCGAGGCGACCGCUACGGCGUCGCGCGGGCUGCGGAUUAUCGGGCUGGCGUACGGAUACGGGAGCGUCGAGAGCGCGGACGCGGAGAAGAGCAGUCUCGUGUUUGUGGGGUUCCAGGCGAUGCUCGAUCCGCCGCGGCGCGGUGUUGCGGAUGCGAUUGGGCUGUUGCAGAGCGGCGGGGUGCAGGUGGUGAUGAUCACGGGGGACGCGGAGCAUACUGCGCUGGCGAUUGCGCAGAAGCUUGGGUUGCGCGUGGGCGCGUCCCAGGGUGGGCGGGCGGGCGGGGGCAAUCCGGCGUGUCUGACGGGCAAGGAGAUCGACGGGAUGACGCAGGCGCAGCUUGUCGAGCGCGUGGGCGGGGUCAGCGUGUUUGCGCGGACGACGCCGAGGCAUAAGAUGGCGAUUGUGGAGGCGUUCCAGCGGCGCGGGGCGAUUGUCGCGAUGACUGGCGAUGGAGUGAACGACGCGCCCGCGCUCAAGAUGGCGGACAUUGGCGUGUCGAUGGGCAAGAGCGGGACGGACGUGGCGAAGGAGGCGGCGGACGUUAUUCUCGUGGACGACAACUUCAGCACGAUCCUGCCUGCCGUCGAGGAGGGCAAAUCGAUAUUCCACAACAUCCAGAACUUCCUCUCCUUCCAGCUGAGCACCGCCGCGGCCGCGCUCGUGCUCAUCUCGCUCAGCACGCUGUUCGGGUACAGCAACCCGCUGAACGCGAUGCAGAUCCUGUUCAUCAACAUCCUCAUGGACGGCCCCCCGAGCCAGUCGCUCGGCGUCGACCCGGUGGACCCAGCAGUGAUGCGCCGCCCGCCGCGGAAGAAGAACGAGCCGAUCAUCACGCAGCGGCUUCUGUACCGCGUGCUGUUCUCCGCGACGACGAUCGUGCUCGGCACGCUGUUCGUGUACACCGUCGCGCUCGGUGACGACCUCGUCUCGCGGCGCGAGCAGACCAUGACAUUCACAUGCUUCGUCUUCCUCGACCUCGUCUCCGCCGUGCAGAACCGCGGCCUCGGCUGCGGGCUCACGCAGAACAAGAUGCUCGUGACGACCGUGUCCGUCUCGCUCGUGACGCAGCUCGCGCUCGUGUACGUGCCGUUCAUGCAGGCCGUGUUCCAGACUGAGGCGCUCGGCGCGCGGGACCUGACCACGCUCGCGCUCCUCGCGCUCACGAGCUUCGCGCUGCACGAGGGCCGGCGGCACUAUGAGCGCGGGGCGAACGAUAAGGCCGGGUAUGGGAGUGCGGUGGAGGAGAUGGCGUGA